CGGCUCCACAACCUCCGUCCGUUUAUAAAAUAAACGCGAGACUGUGAAGCAUCGGAUACUGCAUGCAUACGUCACACAGCCUGAGAGAGAGAUACAGCAGCUGUGCAGGGAAGUUGGUGUCUUCCAGAAACAGAGAAAACUCCGGGACGUCCAGACUACAGUAAAAUCUCCAGAGUCAGGAGGGGGAUCAGUAUAUAAAUAGGUUAAAGUUCUUUUCUGUGACAGACAUACAGAACAGCAGCUAUGGUAAAGGGUUUCCGAGGCACGGUGACGGCCUUUCCGGACUUCAAUGCGCAGAGCGAUGCAGAGGCUCUGUACAAUGCCAUGAAGGGCAUUGGCAGUGACAAGGAGACCAUUUUGGAUCUGAUCACCUCCAGAAGCAAUGCACAGAGGCAGGAGAUCAUAGCUGCAUACAAAUCUCUCUACGGGAAGGACCUGAUUGCGGAUCUGAAAUAUGAGCUGACUGGCAAGUUUGAGCGCCUGAUUGUCUGCCUAAUGAGACCUCCAGCUUAUCAUGAUGCCAAAGAAAUCAAGGAUGCGGUCAAGGGUGUGGGCACAAAUGAGAAAUGCCUGAUUGAAAUCCUGGCCUCCAGAACCAACAAACAGAUCCACGACUUGGUGGCCGCAUACAAAGACGCGUAUGGCAGGGACAUAGAGGCGGACAUCGUCGGAGACACCUCGGGCCACUUUAAGAAGAUGCUGGUGGUUUUGCUCCAGGGGUCGAGAGAUGAAAGCGGCGUCGUGAACGCGGAUCUGGUGGAGGAGGAUGCCAGGGAGCUGUACGCGGCUGGAGAGGAGCAGUGGGGCACCGAUGAGGCCAAGUUCAUCAUGUUGCUUGGCAACCGCAGCGUCUACCACCUUCAGAUGGUGUUCGAUGAAUACCAGAAGAUCACAGAUAAGUCCAUAGAGGACAGCAUCAAGAGCGAGCUCUCAGGUGACUUUGAGAGACUCAUGCUGGCCGUGGUGCAGUGCAUUCGGAGUGUUCCCAUGUUCUUUGCCAAAUGCCUCUACAAAUCGAUGAAGGGCCUGGGCACAGCUGAUAACACUCUGAUCCGCAUAAUGAUCUCACGCUCUGAGAUAGACAUGCUUGACAUCAGGGAGUGCUUUCGUCUCCAGUACGAGAAGUCCCUGUACAACAUGAUUAAGGACGACACCUCAGGUGAAUACAAGAGGACACUACUCAAGCUCUGCGGGGGCGACGAUGACCUAGCUGGAGAGUUCUUCCCUGAAGCAGCACAGAUAGCCUACAAGAUGUGGGAAAUCAGUGCCAUGACCAAAGUGCAGCUAAGAGGAACUAUAUACCCCGCCACAAACUUUGACCCCGGCAGUGAUGCUCAGGCACUCAGGAAAGCCAUGAAAGGCUUUGGAACUGAUGAGGACACCAUCAUUGAAAUCCUGACUCACAGGACCAAUGAACAGAGACAACAGAUCAGACAGGCAUUCAAGUCCCAUUUGGGGAGGGAUCUCAUGGCAGACCUCAAAUCAGAGCUCUCCAAGAACCUCUGUCGUCUAAUCCUCGGGCUGAUGAUGACUCCAGCAGAAUUCGAUGCGAAAAUGAUGAGGAAGGCGAUGGAGGGGGCUGGCACAGACGAGCACGCUUUGAUCGAGAUCCUGGUCACGAGAAGCAACCAGGAGAUCCAUGCUAUGUGCGCGGCCUAUCAGGAAGCGUACAAGAAGAGCCUGGAGGACGCCAUCCACUCAGACACGUCCGGACACUUCUGCCGGAUCCUCGUCUCAAUGGUGCAGGGGGCGCGUGAGGAGGGUCCAGCAGACAUUGAGAGGGCCCUUGCUGAUGCUCAGGAACUUGGUAAUGCGUGCAAUGAUGACUCCAGCGAAAUGGAGAUGAAGUUCAUGAGUAUUCUGUGUACCAGGAGUUUCCCUCACCUGCGCAGAGUCCUCCAAGAAUUUGUCAAAUGCACAAAUAAGGACAUAGAGCAAGUGAUAAAGAAGGAGAUGUCUGGGGAUGUCAAGAAUGCCAUGUAUGCCAUUGUGCGGAGUGUCAAGAAUCAGCCGUCCUACUUCGCAGACCGUCUCUAUAAAGCUAUGAAGGGGUUGGGCACAGAUGACCGUGCAUUGAUCCGAAUCAUGGUGUCUCGCAGCGAGAUCGACCUCUUCAACAUACGCAAGGAGUUCAAGGACACACACGAGGCCUCCCUGCACGACUUCAUCCAGGGAGACACCUCAGGGGACUACCGCAAAGCCCUCCUCCUGCUUUGCGGUGGGGAGGACUAGCUUCCCGUGCCAAGGAAGACCCCGAAACUGUGACGUGAUCCAUCGUUUCUACCCCGCCACAGUGAUAGCGAGGAUCCCUGAGCUCUUCAUUACCUGUGCUGUUGCCACACCACGUCUGCCAAAUGGCUCCUGCCCACCAUCCUCCCUAGCUAGGCUCUGCCCCCCUAAUCCCUGUGGUGGAUAUAGAGUCUCUGCAUGUCCAGAUUGAAGUGCAGAGGGAUGGGAGGGGAGAGCAAGGGAAGGUUUUUUUGUUGUUUUUAACUAAAGCCCAUACAACUGAUGCCAUUACCUUAAAGUGUUAAAUCCUUUGCUGAGAUAUCUAUUCUGGUUCUCCAGAAGCUAAGAACUGCUAAAGUUGUGUAUGUUUUCACUUCCUGGUUAUCUCUCUAAGUUGUUAUGUCUAAUUUUUUAUCCUUCCCUCUACAAAAUAAAUGGA